AUGGCUGCUCUCGACGCCGCGCCGCCGGACGCCCUCGAGGGAGCGGCUGCUCUCGACGCCGCGCCGCCGGACGCCCUCGAAGGAGCGGCUGCCCUCGACGCCUUCGACGCCGCGCUCGACGUGGACGGCGACGGCGGCGACGGCGAGGAGAGCGAGCCGUGGCCCGAGCUCGCGGACGUCGGCCCGGCGACGAAGACGCUCAUCCUCCGCAAGCGCGCGGCCUUCGCGCCGCAUCGCUUCGUCGACGCGGCGCUCGGGUCCGCGGCGUCGCUGACGCUCCUCGACGUCUCCGGCGCGGGCCUCGAGCGCUGCGACCACGUCUGGCGGCUCGCGGGGCUCCGGGACCUGUCGCUCGCGGGCAACGCGCUCGGCCCGGCGCUCGCGCCGCGGCGCGCGCUCGAGGGUUUAGGCGCGCUCCGGUCGCUGGACCUGUCGGCGAACGGCCUCGCGGUCCUCCCGCCCUCGCUCGCGGCGCUCGAGGCGCUCGAGUCCCUCGACGUCUCGGGCAACGCGCUCGCGGCGCUCCGGCUCGUCGAUUUGGCGUGCCUGCCGCGGCUGCGGCGCGCGAGCUUCGCGGACAACCGCCUGUCGUGUCUCGAGGCCGCGGACCACGGCGUCCGCGAGCUCGACCUCGCGGGCAACGCGCUGGCGACGCUCGCGGGCCUCGCGGGCUCCGCGGAGCUCGUGUCCCUCGACGCGUCGCGGAACGCGCUCGCCGCGCCGCCGGAGAACUUGCUCGCGCGCUGCCCGAAGCUCAAGGCCGCGAGGCUCGGCGGCAACCCCUGGGCCGACCGGAAGUUCGCCCGGGCCUGCGAGGCCGGCGGCAAGGCGACCAUGGACGCGCUCCGGGGCGGCGCGUCGAAGCGGCGGGCGAAGCGCGCGGCCGCGGCCGCGGCGCCGCGGCCCGCGCGGCUCUACGAGAGCGCCGGGCCGCGGAAGCUCGUCCUGGCGACGCGCGCGGCCGUCGUCCGCCGCCCCCACGCCGCCGC